AUUUGAAUAUUUUCAUGAUUUUAAUCAUCUUCUAUAUUUAACUUGUAUUGAAAUAUCGAAGCGUCCUUGCUCGGCGGGAUUUAUAUUUCUGUUCUAAGAUGGAUUCAUUUCUACAAGGACGAAACAUUCCGAAAGAAAGGCUUGAUUCUUUAGUCGAGCAAGCCAGAGACUACGCUGUCACUAAUGGAAUACUCAUGAUUCCCAAAGAUGCCUCCUCUCCUAAUGUAUUUUCACAAGCCCCAUUCACACUGUUCGCGUCGCCCUUUCCCAAAACACUCUUCAAACAAGGAUUUGAUGUUCAGGAGGAUUUUAAUAUACUAGUGGAUAAAGUUAGCAAAGACUUUGAAUUUUUACAGGCAUCUUUGGCGAGUGCAAUGGAAGCUGACGUUUUUACCAAGAAACUUUUUGACAUUCAUAAGAUAACUCGGGAAGAAGGAAUAGCUCAGAAAUUAUCCUUGGGUCUUCUUCGAUCUGACUACAUGAUGAACCCAAUCUCAGAAGAUACAAAGGAUUUUGUGCAUGGUUAUGAAAUCAAGCAAAUUGAGAUCAACACUAUUGCCAGUUCAUUUGCUGGCAUUGGGUCUCGUGUCACUGGCUUACAUAGAUAUGUCCAGGAAACCUAUGGUGAUGUUGAUGCUACAAUUGCAGAGAAGCUUCCUACAAAUCAUGCUGCAAAAGGCCUUGGUGAAGUAAUAGUCAAGGCUUGGAACUUAUUUGGAAAUAAAAGUGCAAUUGUUGUCAUCAUCGUUCAACAAGGUGAAAAUAACAGAGUUGACCAGCGAGUGAUAGAAUACACAAUACGAGACAGCAACCCAGCUGUCAAAGUGGUCAGACGAACAUUAAAACAAGUUGAGGAAAAUGGUUCAUUGCAAGAAGAUAAAACACUAGUUAUUGAUGGUAAAGAGAUUGCAGUUGCAUACUUCAGAGCAGGUUACACACCAAACGAUUAUUAUUCAGAUAAGGAAUGGUCAGGCAGAUUGAAACUGGAACGGUCUCGUGCAAUAAAAUGUCCCACAGUUGCGUAUCAGUUGGUUGGAACGAAGAAGAUUCAACAGGUUCUCGCAGAACCUGGAAAUGUUGAGAGAUUUCUGGAGGAUCCCGAGAGCGUCGCAAGAAUACGAAAGACCUUUGCGGGACUUUUCACCCUGGACAAUGGUGAUGAAGGAGACAAGAAUGUAAAGAUGGCAAUUGAAAAUCCUCAACGUUUUGUUGUUAAACCUCAGCGAGAGGGAGGAGGUAAUAAUGUUUAUGGUGAAGCGAUACGUGAAGUUUUAUCAAAGAACGAUGAUUCCCGAACUCAAUAUGUUCUGAUGGAGAAAAUCCGUCCUCCGAUUUUAAAGAAUUACAUUGUCCAAGUUCACAAGGAUGAGGUCUUAGAGGAAGAUGUUGUUUGCGAAUACGGAGUGUUUGGAGUUGUGAUAAGUGAUGAAAAUGGGAUUGUUGAAAACAAGACUGUGGGUCACCUCUUGCGAACAAAGAGCACCAUUCAUGAUGAUGGAGGAGUGGCUGCUUUAAGAGCAGUACUUGAUAGUCCCUGCCUUGUAUGACUGGA